AUGGAGACCAAGCAAUGGCAGCGCCAAGUCGGCGACCAAACUUUCAUCAUCUCGACGGACUCAAGCCUUAUCUCCCGCGACUUCGUUCAAGCAUCUUUCGCAGACUCUGCGAUGUACUGGGCCGCCGCAUUAGAUCCACAAAGCCUGGACACGAUCCUCAAGACAUCCCUCUGGUACGGAGUCUACCUCCAAACUCAGCAAUCGACCACAACGCCCCAAGAACAAGGAAAAUCGGAUCUUUCGACUCUCAAACAAAUCGGGAUGGGCAGGCUGGUCACGGAUCAUGCUACCAUUUUCUUCCUGACUGACGUCUUCGUGUUGCCGGAAUAUCAAGGGAAAGGGCUGGCGAAAUGGAUGAUGCGGUGCAUCAAGGAAGGAACGGACGCGCUGCCGGCGGUGCGACGAGUCAUGUUCAUGGCGAAGAGAGCGCCGCACGCCAUCAAGUUCUAUGAGGAUGCGUUGGGGGCGGAGGUGCAUGACCAGGAGAAUGGAGAGGUUGUUUUCAUGAGCACGCCGCAUUGA